AUGCCUCUGCCUCAGCUGUUGGUGGGAAAGGUUGCGGCCAUUACGGGCGGACUGACGGGUAUUGGGAGGGCGAUUGCUCUGGAGUACCUGCGUCAUGGCGCAAGGGUAGCAGUUAACCAUCUCGGACGUCCAGAUGAAGAGCCGCUGCUGGAGGCAAUGCUGAAAGACGUUGGCGAGAUUACUGGAAGCGAGGGGGGACGAUUCAUCACAAUAGCUGGAGAUGUCUCACAGCCCGAGACAGGCCGGGACUUUGUCGCGAAGACAGUCGAGGCUUUCGGGCGGCUAGACAUUUUUGUGAGCAAUGCUGGAGUGUGCAAGUUUGAGGAGUUCCUAGAGGUUGAUCCUCCACUCCUCGGGCACACGGUGAACACGAAUCUCUGUGGAGCCUUCUACGCCACACAAGCGGCAGCACGGCAGAUGGCCCUGGCCCAGUCACCACCUGGCGGCUCCAUCAUCGGAAUCAGCUCCAUCUCCGCGCUGGUUGGAGGUGGACAGCAGACACACUAUACACCUACCAAGGCUGGAGUGCUCAGCCUGAUGCAAUCGACUGCUGUAGCGCUAGGAAAGUACGGGAUCCGAUGCAACGCCUUACUCCCGGGAACUAUCCGGACCCAGUUGAAUGAUGAGGACAUGAGUGAUCCGGUCAAGAGGACGUAUAUGGAGGGGAGGAUCCCACUGGGACGGUUGGGUCAACCUCCUGAUCUGGCUGGCCCGGCUGUCUUCUUGGCCUGUGAUGAAUUAAGUGGCUAUGUGACUGGCGCACAGCUUCUCGUGGAUGGAGGAUUAUUGCAUAUUCACAUCCUGAUAUUAUACGCUUUGGCUGCAACCUCUCCCCAGAACCCCUUCUUCUGUUCAUCAGUCAACCCUCGUCUCUCAAGGACAUUCUCUACAACGCUCUUCCAGCGAUUCCAAGAGAGUUCAUUGCCGCCUCCACCUAUAUUGCAAACUGGCCAGUCCGAUCCAAACAUGACUCGCUCUGGACCGAAUACCUCGAAAACAACAUCCGUCCAUGGCUGUAGUCUAUCAACCAGGGACGCGAUGUCUGGAUCCGGUGUCGAGGCAAGCGGAGGUAACUCUGAGAAGCCGCCAGAGAGCUUCAUGUAA